AGCUCUCUAGUUUAACUCGCUUCCUAUGUCGCGUUUGGUUUCUGGGAAAAUUAAAUUUUCCUGGAAAUGUUAUGGAGAUUUUAUAGGUGGAGUUUGCUACACUCAACCCCAAAUCGCCUCUUCAUCACUUCAGUUCUGCCACUUCGUUUUCUCUCUUCGGCAACGGUAUGUCUACCUGACCCAACUACCCAGAGUAAAAAAUUCCUGGAAAAUCAACAUUUUCUCGAGAGAAAAAAUCCCUUUCUCACUCUCACUCAUCAGAUUGUACAUUCCACCUUACUGAGCUGUACUUCUGAUUUGAUUGCAUUGAGCUUCUUCUUAUGGUGUGCUAAGCAACCCAACUACUUUCAUAAUACGACUGCGUUUGACCACAUGGUUGCUGUGGUUAACCGCCUUAUGCAUCGGUAUGAAACUGUUGGAGGGGUUGUUAGGGGAUUAGAGAGUAUUGGGUGUGUUACAAAGGCACAAACUUUUUUGCUUUUGUUGAGGAUUUAUUGGCGUGGGGGAAUGUAUGACAUGGUUUUUGAGGCUUUUGAGCAAAUGGGUUGCUUUGGUUUUAAGCCUAACACUUUUGCGCGUAACGUAAUUAUGGAUGUAUUGUUCAAGAUUGGGCGUGUCAAUGUAGCCAUUAAGGUUUUGAAGGAGACUCAGUUGCCUAAUUUUUUGACAUUGAAUAUUGCAUUGUGUAAUUUGUGUAAGUUGAAUGAUUUAGUUCGCGUUUGGGAUGUUUUUACAAUGAUGAUGGGAAUGGGGUAUUAUCCGAAUGUUGAGACAUUUGAGAUGGUGUUGAAUUGUUUUUGCAAGUUGAGUAAUCUAGUGGAGGCAUAUCAAGUGCUGGGUCGAAUGGUUACUUUGGGCAUUCCAAUAUCUGUGAAUGUUUGGAGUAUACUCAUUGAUGGGUUUUGCCAGUUGCAUAGAAUUGAUAUUGCGAGUAGUUUGUUGGAGAAGAUGGGUAAGACUGGUUGUUCUCCUAAUGUUGUAACAUAUACUACUUUAAUUAAGGGACUUAUGGAAUCAAGAAUGGUUGAUGAUGCAUUCCAUGUUUUAAAUAUCAUGAAAUCCAAAGGGUAUGCCCCUGACUUGGUUCUUUGUAAUGUAUUAAUAGAUUGUUUCUCCAAGAUUGGAAGGUAUGAUGAUGCGCUUGAUGUUUUUGUAAAUUUUGGAAAUAAAAAAUUGGCACCUGAUUCCUAUACAUUCUGUUCUUUGUUAUCUACCAUAUGUUUGUCCAAGAGGUUUUCUCUCUUUCCCAAGUUAGUCCAUGGACUUGUCAUAGAAGCAGACUUAGUAGUUGGUAAUGCGCUUCUAAGUUAUUUUUGUAAAGCGGGGUUUCCAAAUCUUGCUGUUGAGUUAUAUAAUGAUAUGCUUGAUAGAGGUUUUACACCAGAUAAAUAUAGUUUUGUUGGAUUACUAAGUGGACUAUGUGGAGCUGGAAGAAUUGAUGAAGCAAUCGAUGUUUACCAUGGGAUCAUUGUGAAUUAUCCUGGUCAGGAUGCUUACAUCCAUACUGUAAUUACAGAUGGACUUAUAAAGGCUGGUAAACUUUAUAAAGCCAUUAGAGUAUUUAGGAAAGCAGUUGUAGAGAAGUAUCCACUUGAUGCUGUAUCAUACACAGUUGCUAUCCAUGGACUUCUUAAGAGUGGUAGAACUGGAGAGGCUUGCACCAUGUAUAACCAGAUGAAGGAGGACAGUAUAACUCCCAAUGCACGUACAUAUAAUGUAAUACUCUAUAUUUCUUGUAGAGAAAGAGAUCUUAAAAUGGUGAUACAGUUGCUACAAGAGAUGGUUGAUGCAAAGGUAGAACUGAGCUACAAUAAUUACUUUAGGCUAUGUAAUUUUCUUUGUAGAUCACACAAUUCUAAUUCAGCUGUUAAUCUCUUAAUUGAGAUGAGAGAUCUUGGGUUGAUACCAGCUAAGGCAAUCUGUACGCCUUUGUCUGAAGAACAUGUCCCAGGUCUGAAAGUAGAUGGUGAGUGCUUAUUUCUGUUAAAAGGUUACAUGGAAAAUGAUCCAUUUGUGGGCACAUCUGGCUCUGAGGACCUUUCUGACAUGGCUGCUUCAGUGUGCUGAGAUUGAACUGAUGGUACAGGUUCUUUUCCCUAUAAUUCAUAGAUUCAUCUGUAUUUUUGUAAAGUAUCCUGAAGGUAAUAUUUUUAUCUAUUGAGGAGAGCAGGCUAUGCCACUAAGCUACAAAACUCUUGGCAGGCAUCUUGAAGAUUGAUGCUAAUAUUGAAGGAUGAGAUUGCAAGGAUGGUUGAGCUUUUUACAGGAUAUAUCCUUUAAACACUGACUUGAUGGAGAUUGUAGAAGUAUCUGAACAAAGGUGCUCCAGUUAUGAUGUAGGAAGAGGCUCCUCAAGUUCUGCCUAGUUUGAUUUAAAUAAUUGAAGGAUGGUUCUCAGUUGAGAAAGACUUGCUCAACAAGGACUGAAGUUCACCAUCACCAUGUACAGCUACAUGGAAAUAGUACAGCUUCUUCAUCCUCUGAAUCACUUCAACUAUUGUUCUUGAUCACCAACAAUAUUUUGAUGACCUUUUAUCCAGUUACCCUUUUUUUUUACCGCCUUAAUGGUUUAUUUGAAUGCUUGGAAAUACGAAGAAAUGGAACUUCAUUCUCAUUUCCUUUUCUUGAUGAAAUUGGAAAUAUGAACCUUUGUUCUUUGUGCUGCUCUUGUUUAAUUCAUGAAUUAUGAUGAGGUGCUGACAACUAUUAGAUUCUUGCUUUGUUUGGUUUCUAUUUUUGUUUAUAUUCUCAAUUUGUCGCUCUACCCGAAAAACUUUUUUUGGGUUUUAAAUAAGUGUUAACUCUUUUAAGUAUUCUUGGAGAAUUGUUGAU